UUGGUCUCCCAAUAGUCAGUGUGUUUCUCUCUCUGUCUCUCUUUCUUUCUCUCUCGUCUUCCGCUCGAUCAAUUCUUUCAUCCACCGUCUCGGGUCGCUCUUCCCCCAAAUCCCAAAUCCCGAAUCCCGAUCGCCCACGGAUCUGCUCACUGAUUCACUUUUCGCAAUCAAUUUCCAGAUCUAUCCAUACCCAUCUCAACAUUUCCAGUGUUUUCAUUUCAAUCCGCUUUGCUGUUUCUUGUAUAGUUCUAAUCUUAGGGAUUUGGAUAUGGCUUCCGCCGGCAACCCAAACCCACCGGGCGGAGUGCCCUUUGAUAUGCAGAAGCUCUUCAAGCCAUCGACGCCGCCACCGUCGUCUUCCACCGCCAUUACGUCAUCCACCUCUAACCCUCAAAACUUCGCCAAUACUGGGGCUUCCAACACUCUAGCAAACCCUAAUAUGACUUCCUCCCCAUAUCCGCCUCCUUCGUCGUCGUACCCCCCGCCCACCGGCGGCGCUACUGGCGGCGGGUAUCCUUAUCCUCCCUUGACCUCGCCGCCGUUCAAUUACCACCCGGUAUACGCUGCUUAUGCAAAUCCACCGCCGCCGCCUCCACAGCAGCAGCAAGAAGCGGCUAACGUGCAUCCGCAGAGAUCCAUGUCUUAUCCUACCCCCACGCUGCAAGUCCAGACCUCAACCGCUUCGCCGCAGCACCCCAAUUUUCAUAAUUAUCCUAAUUCCCAAAACCCUAACGCCCACGGUGCUCGUUUGAUGGAGUUGCUGAGCGCGCCUCCUGCUACGCAUGAAAUCUCGCAGCAACCGACAAUGCCCGUGCCUCAAAUCCACCCAACAUCCUCCGCAGGUUCUGAUAUGACCGCCCCCCAGAAUGUAAACACUGUGGCCGUAGGAGGUGCUCCUGUGGUUUCGCAUCAGGGUCCUGUAAUGAGGAUGCCGAGCAGUAAGCUUCCCAAGGGGAGGCAUCUGGUUGGGGAUCGAUUGGCCUACGACAUAGAUUUACGGUUGCCGGGAGAGGUGCAGCCUCAGCUCGAGGUUACACCCAUCACGAAGUAUGGGUCUGAUCCUGAACUGGUUUUGGGCAGGCAAGUUGCUGUUAAUAAGACUUAUAUUUGUUACGGGCUAAAGCAAGGCGCCGUUCGGGUACUCAAUAUCAACACUGCAUUGAGAUCGUUGCUCAAGGGCCUAGCUCAGAGGGUCACAGACAUGGCAUUCUUUGCUGAGGAUGUUCACCUUUUGGCUAGUGCAAGCAUGGAUGGCAGGGUUUAUGUUUGGAAGAUCAGUGAAGGUCCAGAUAAAGAAGAAAAACCACAAAUUACCGGAAGAGUUGUUAUUGCCAUUCAAAUUACUGGAGCAGGGGAAUCAGUUCACCCUAGAGUUUGCUGGCACUGCCAUAAACAGGAAAUUCUUGUUGUCGCAAUUGGUAGAUAUGUUUUAAAGAUCGAUACAACAAAAGUUGGAAAAGGUGAAAAAUUUUCUGCUGAGGAACCACUCAAGUGUUCUGUUGACAAGUUAAUUGAUGGGGUCCAUCUUGUCGGUACUCAUGACGGAGAGGUGACUGACCUGUCUAUGUGCCAGUGGAUGACUACCCGGCUGGUAUCUGCUUCAGUAGAUGGCACGAUCAAGAUUUGGGAAGAUAGGAAAUCGCAGCAUACUGCAGUUAUCCGGCCACAUGAUGGACAGCCUGUAAAUUCUGUCACUUUUCUGGCUGCUCCUCAUCGUCCUGAUCAUGUCAUACUUAUUACCGGGGGUCCUUUGAACCGGGAAGUGAAAAUCUGGGUAUCUGGGAAUGAAGAAGGAUGGUUGCUUCCUACCGAAGCUGAAUCAUGGCAUUGUACCCAAAGAUUGGAGUUAAAGAGUUCAGAGGCACAUUCUGAAGAAGCCUUUUUCAAUCAAGUUAUAGCUUUGUCACAGCCGGGUCUUCUUUUGUUGGCAAAUGCCCAAAGGAACGCUAUAUAUGCAGUGCACUUGGAAUAUGGUCCUAACCCGGAGGCAACUCGCAUGGAUUACAUUUCAGAAUUUACAGUCACCAUGCCGAUACUCAGUUUUACAGGGACAAGCGAUAUACUUCCUCAUGGCGAACAAGUUGUUCAGGUAUAUUGUGUUCAGACACAAGCUAUUCAACAGUAUGCUUUGAACUUGUCACAGUGCCUUCCACCCCCAAUGGAAAAUUCUAUAUAUGAGAAGCUUGAUUCUAGCUUCCCCCAGGAUGCAUCUAGUGUUGAUAGACAUGCUGAAGUUUAUAGUUCUAGCAGUAAACAAAUUGAGAUGUCUGUAUCUAGCUCAGGACCUAAAACUUCCGCUCAGGAGAGUGGUCGGGAAGAUGCAUCUGCAGUAAGAUACCCUGUCACCACUGCUUCUGUUGAAUCACCGAAGGCUCAGGAUUUAGCUUCCUCCAGUGCGGAAAUUAAGUCAACACCUUUGUCAGAGGCUUCUAAAGAUGCAAAUAUUCCUUCUGCUACUUCACCUCCUCUGCCUUUGAGCCCCAAGCUAACAAAAGUACAGUCGGGUUUAAGCACUCAUUUGACCAGUUUGGACCAUGAUUCUACAAUGAGUGAUCCUAAUUUGGAGCCUAAGGUUGUUGAUUAUUCAGUUGAUAGGCAAAUGGAUGCUAUUCAUACAAAGUUAUCGGAUGUUGCAUCGCUGGAUAAUGACCCUAGCAAUGAUGACAAACUUUCACAAGAUAAUUCUAUGGACCUCAAUCCUCCAGUUAAGUUCAAACACCCUACUCAUCUGGUAACUCCUUCGGAAAUAUUGAUGGGCAAUUCAGCAUCUGAAGCGAGCCGGACUAAUGAGCCCAAAAGUGAUGCUGAACUUAAUAUUCCAGACGUGGUGAUGAACAAUGAUACAAGGAAUGUUGAGGUGGAGGUAAAAGUUGUGGGUGAGAUCAGAUCUCAUCAAAACAAUGAUGAUGGUGCUCGACAAGAACUUCAGACUUUCGUGUCAGCAAGCAAGGAAAAAAUGUUCUGCUCUCAAGUAUCUGAUCUUGGAAUUGACAUGGCACGAGAAUGCCGUGCCUUGUCCCCUGAAUCCUACAUUGCUGGGGAAGCUAGGCAGUUUAAUGUACCUGGUGAAACUGAAACUAUUAAUGAACAGUCAUCUGCAGAAGAAGUUGACACUGCUAGAGAUGCUUCUGGGAAGGUAGUUGAUCCUCCAGCACCGUUACCAACUCAGCAUCAACCUGCAACAAAUGCAAAAGGGAAAAAGCAGAAGGGAAAGAGUGCUCAAGGAUCUGGCACACCUUCACUGUCAACCAGUGCUUUCAAUUCAACAGAUUCUAAUAAUGACCAGGGUGUCAAUUCCAGCAAUGCUAUAGAAGGUGCAUCCACACAAGUAAAUUCCACUCAAGAAAUGCUGAGUCAGCUUGUGUCUAUGCAAAGAGAAAUGCAGAAGCAGAUGACAACCAUGGUAGCUAACCCAGUUACUAAAGAAGGCAAAAGGCUUGAGGCAGCACUGGGUCGGAGCAUGGAGAAGGCUGUGAAAGCCAAUACUGAUGCUUUAUGGGCUCGAUUUCAAGAAGAGAAUGCAAAACAUGAAAAAGCAGCGAGGGAGCGCAUGCAACAGUUAACAAAUCUAAUCACCAAUAGCUUAAACAAGGACAUACCGUCAAUCAUAGAGAAAACUUUUAAAAGGGAACUGGGUGCUGUGGGGCAAUCUGUUGCACGGACUAUAACUCCAAUCAUUGAGAAAUCAAUAUCCACUUCCCUCACAGAGAACUUCCAGAAAGGUGUUGGUGACAAAGCUGUGAAUCAGCUGGACAAAUCCCUUAUCUCCAAACUUGAAGCUACAGUUGCUAGGCAUAUUCAAACUCAAUUUCAAACUUCUGGCAAGCAGGCGCUUCAGGACACGCUGAAAUCAAGUUUAGAAACAUCUGUUGUUCCGGCAUUUGAGAUGUCGUGCAGGGCAAUGUUUGAGCAGGUUGACGCCACUUUUCAGAAAGGAAUGACUGAACAUACUGCAGCGGCUCAGCAACAGUUUGAUGCCUCACAUUCUCCAUUAGCAAUUGCUCUAAGGGAUGCUAUAAAUUCGGCAUCAUCAAUGACUCAGACUUUGAGCACCGAGGUUCUUGACGGUCAAAGAAAACUGUUGGCUCUUGCUGUUGCAGGAGCAAACUCUAAAGUAUCAAACCCAUUGGUUAGUCAACUGAGCAACGGUCCACUAGGUGGUCUCCAUGAGAAGCUCGAAGCACCACUUGAUCCAACAAAAGAACUUUCUAGACUUGUGGCUGAGCGCAAAUAUGAGGAGGCUUUCACUUCUGCCCUGCAAAGGAGUGAUGUUAGUAUUGUAUCAUGGUUGUGCGCGCAGGUGGAUUUACCGGGAAUCCUAUCGAUGAAUCCCCUUCCAUUGAGCCAGGGUGUGCUCCUGUCUCUCCUACAGCAGUUGGCAUGUGAUAUCGGCAAGGACACCCCUCGAAAACUGGCAUGGAUGAUGGAGAUUUUAUCAGCUAUAAACCCAGCCGACUCAAUGAUUGUGAUGCACGUACGCCCCAUCUUCGAGCAAGUGUACCAGAUAGUAAAUCACCACCGCAACCUUCCCACCACCAGCGGCACUGAACUUUCCAACAUUCGGUUGAUCAUGCAUGUUAUCAAUUCAAUGCUCAUGACCAAGUGAGUCGAUGUACCGAGUGUUGAGGCCCUUAUGGUGAGGGGAUUGGCAGGUUUGUACAAAUUCUAGGGAUAUAUAUAAUAUAUAUAUAUACAUACAUAUAUAUAUAUGUGCUCAAUGAGGAAGGAAGAGGAGCAUGUAGAGUUCAUUGUUAUGCCAUUGUUUUUGUUUUUGUUUUUCUUUUCCUUUUUAAUUUUAUUUCUAAGUUCCUAAGUUUAAAAAAAUUUGUGUAGAAAAGUGAGUUGAAUUAUUGGAGGUUAUUUUGUUGUUAUGUUUGAUGGGACAAUGUGUUUAUAUGCAAUUUUGUAUCUGGACUGUACACAACUCACCCACCCCAAGGCCAAGACUCGUGUUUUAAUUUAAUGUGCAACUCUCUCUGUA